GCAUGCGUAAAAAAAGUUCGGAGGCGCUAGCUCCGUAGCUAGUCACCUUUUACCAGCCAAGAGGGAAGUAAAAACGUUUGGGGGAUUUAAACGCAAAACGCCCAAGACGGCGUUGUGGGGUUAAAGCUGUAUUCUUAAGUCUGUCGGGGGAUGUAACCACUCAACGCAUUUGGACGCAACUCAACUUCCAGGGAAAAUGACCGCGGAGUGCGCGGAAGUUUAGGUUUAGUGAUAUUGUGGUAAGUGUUAGCUAGGUGUCUGGCCCUGUUAGUGUUAGCUUGUUUAGCGAGGAAGCGGCGCGUUGUGAGGACCGAUUCAACAAGAAUCACAAGCAACCCAAGUUAACCGGCAACUAGCUCCCACAGCGUUAUUACCUCUUUAUCUAAUCUAGCGGCGUGUUGCCGUCAAACUAUUUGCUGUUAGGUUCGGUGCGAACUGCACCGAUACUUAAAGAGGUAAAAGGCACGUUAAGCCACAAUCGAUCAGUUCAGAGCUAUUAAACAUUCAAGCGAUUCCCACUUCGCGGUCACGAAUGAUCUGUCAGGCUUGCAACGCUGGACCCGGCACCCGUCCAGCUCAUCUGACCUAACAAGUUCACCACCUUCCUCCGUGUUGUCCGCAAACCAUGGGAGGAUGUAUGGGGAGAUACUGGCAAGGUUUGGAGGACACACAAAGCCGAGGCUCGUCCAGGAAUGGUGGAAGAGGAGGACGUAACGAGCCACUGAAGAAAGAUCGUCCCAAAUGGAAGAGCGACUAUCCGAUGACAGAGGGCCAGCUCCGGAGCAAGCGGGAUGAGUUCUGGGACACAGCGCCGGCUUUUGAGGGCCGUAAGGAGAUCUGGGAUGCCCUGAAAGCUGCCACUGUGGCCCUUGAGUGUAACGACCACGAGCUGGCCCAGGCUAUAGUGGAUGGAGCUAGCAUCACAUUACCACAUGGUACUCUCACAGAAUGUUACGAUGAACUCGGGAAUCGCUACCACCCCGUCUACUGCCUGGCUCCCCCCGUUAACCUCAUCUCAGAGCGCAGUGAUGAGGACCCCAGUGACAGCCCUGAACCACCUGUAGCACCCAAAAAGGAAUUCCAGCUGAAGGUACGUCUGUCCACGGGUAAGGACCUGCGCCUCAGUGCCAGCAUGGCUGACUCUAUCGGGCAGCUCAAGAAGCACCUCCAGGCCCAGGAAGACAUAGAUGCUGCCCACCAGCGCUGGUUCUUCUCUGGCAAGCUGCUCACGGACAAGACGCGCCUGCAGGACACAAAAAUCCAGAAGGACUUCGUUAUCCAAGUCAUUGUCAACCCACAGGCCCUCGAAGCCCCAAAGCCAUCGCCCACCACCACUUCCUCCUCACCUGUGUCUAAAUAAGGGGAAAAUGGGACAAUGUUAAGCUCGUCAGUGGGUGGCACACACUAAAGCACCACAGAUGCCUCCUAAUGCUGGAUAAAUUUUGAGAAAGAGUUUAAAUUUGGAGAUAUAGAUCUCUAAACUGUAACGUGCUGCUUUGUUUCGUCAACCACACGUUGAUGGUUGAUGUUUUGUUUUGGUUUUUUUUUUUUUUUGACUCUGCUGGGUUUUUAACGUGAAUCCAAACACCACACUAACUCUGGACAUCCUCUUGAACCACAUGUGAUAAGAACUGGACUGACUCCAGCCUCAUUCAACCACGUUGUGCUGCACAUGCAGAGAUUCUGCUUCUGACCUUUCAUUGACACUCACGUCACGUGCCAAUGGAAGACAUGCGGAGCGGAGGUGAUUGUGUUGGUUCCAAAGCACAUUUUUAUUUGGAUUCCCACAGACUCUGCACCACAGCGUUUGCUCCUCUGCAAAGCAGGAUGGGAAGGUGUUUGGAGGAGGGAACGGCAGAAGGAAUGAGACACUCAAUAUUUGUUCUCCAUUUCAUUUAUCGAGGAAAUAAUGUAAACUGAGCUUUUUUGCACAUUUGAGAAUUAUUUCUAUACUUUUGUGGUAGUUUGUGUGCCUUCUGCAAGAUGAAACCAGAAAUCAUGCAAGUUUAUUUCUAGGCUGAGCGUUUUGUCUUGUUUUUGUUUUUUAAAUUCAGAAACCUUUAGAUCAAUCAAAGCUAUCAAAAUGCUGCCUUAUUUAAUGAUUAUAUAAAUAUUGCAGAUGAACAUGUUUUGAGUUUAAGGAAUAUGUAUUUAACAUAUAGUUAUUGUAGCUCACAGAGACUAGACUGUUUCUUUGGUGUUCUAGUCACAGCUACCAAGUGCUACAUAUAUGGACCGCCUUUUGGAUCCUUAACUAAAAAGGGGGCAGAAUCACCAACUACAUAAUCAGUGCAGUUGCUUAUGUUCAUCACCAAAUGAAUGUAAAUCUAGUGUUCCGUCACUUUUAGCAGCUCACUUUUAAUCGACUGAGCUGCUUCGUAGUUUUCUAGCUGGACUUUGGUGAGAGUCGUCAGGAGCAGGCCACAUCGAGCAGUGAACCAAAAUGGUGAGCUGAAAAACUGCAGUGUUGUGGGUGGAUCCUUAUUGGAUCUGACCGCACUAAUGUCCUGUUUACAUUAUACGUCAUUUGUUUUUCUAUAAGAGUAAAAUAUAGCAAAAGAAAAUGUUUUUCUCUAACCACUAAUGGCUUCUCUAUUGAUUUAGCCGUACAAAGGCACCUCUGUUUGUUUUUGUUGUUUUGCAGCCCAUUAACCUCUUAGAUAGAAAACAAAACGGGUUAGAUAUAGUUUAGAAUCUCAUCAGUUACAUUUCUGGACUGUCGAUCACGUUUUCUCAUCUUGCAUCCCUAAAUAGCUUAUUUGGCUAAUGUUGAGGCAGUUGAGAUUUCUAGUACACAACUCAGUGCGGUUUUUAUUCACUGUUCCUGUUGCACCUAAAUUACUAUCGUCUGUGACACAAUGAAAUGGAACCAUAGUGACCGUCCAUUUUUGUCGCUUCUCUUUGACAAUAUUUCUUGACACUUGAAAACCCAUCUUCUUUGUAUGUGCAAUACAAUAGGCCUAGAUUUAAUGCACUACCAGCUCCAAGUAUUGUCAGACCACUCCUCAUAUAUCACAGUGCAUUCAAGGGUUACUUCGUCUUUAAACUAAUGUUCAUUGCACCAGCUUAAGUGUAAUAAAUCUCAAAGGGCUUAAAAAACCUGUGUGGCCUCAGACAGAGGAGCCCUCUAAUGUUGUUCAAAAGCAAUUCAUUUAUUAAUAAUUUGCUUACUCACUCACAGUUGCUGUAUAUUAUUUACUGUUUACGUAUGUUUUUGCCCAAAGCCACAAUGAGAAGCUUAAAUCUGUAAAACAAUCUGAUUAAACAUCAGUGUGUUACAAUGUUACAUUGAUUUCCUAUAAGAAAGUAGCUAAAACGGAUAUUCUGCCUUUUUAAUUCUGUGACAUUUAUUUUCCACAAAUCUUUAUUGCUACUGUGAAAAAUUAUGUGAACUCUAAAAUGGUUCAGUUCGAAAACAUUUAUAUUCAUAAGGAAUUGAAUUGAAGGUGUUCAUUAAAGUAGAUAAAUUUGUAGUUGUACAGCAGUUUAUUAACUGGGAUAAACUGGGAUGAUCAAGGCAUGAUCACUUCUCUUUUUCUUUCCAUAGAAAUACUGCAAAUACAAUUGAAUCCCAUUUUUAAUAAACAUGACUCAUGUUUGUUUGCAGUCAUUUAAAUCCAUGUAAAUGUCUCUUUGAUGACAUAACAUCAUGUUCAUGAUGCACUUAUGUAAUUAAAGUGCAAAAAGGUUGUUUAUUGUGCUGGAUAUAUAGUAAAAGCCAUAAUAGCCCAGAAAUUUGUCUAUAACGCUUUAAACAUUAAGUCUCCUGUAGGAACAGAACUCCCAGAAGAUACUGCAAUAAUGCCCCUUUCUAAGUGUCUACAGAUGAUUUUCAAAUGUUUGAGUACAAAAACAUUGUAUUGAAAAAGAGAAAGAGCCAGUCAGAAUUAUUUUCUUACGUGUUAUUUGCUCAUUUUGUUGUAAAUCACCUUUUUAAACUGUUGAAUAAAUAAAAUCUAACUGUUGAAAACAAA